AUGUACUGUGAUUGUUUGUUUAACAACUAUACUGGUUCACGAUGGCUCUAUCACACCGCACAUAUCGUGAUCAAUACUGGCAUCCGGCAUUUGCAGGUAGCGGGCGGUGCGACGGACAUCUUUGGGCAUAUCGUCACGCCGGCUGAUCACCAGAUCAGCUCGAGAAGGGUGAAAAUGUGGGCGAAGACUCAUUCAGCGGCGGUGGACCAUGCGGCCUGGCAUGCGGCGCAGAGGUUCCGCGAGGGGCUUUCGUAUCUCAAGAACUGUGAUGUCAAUGGUAUGUUCCAUUCUCCAUGGUGCUUGGUGAUUGGAACUUUAACCUGUUACGCUUCUCAUCACUUCGGGGCUGAGGAGCAGCCUACUAUCCUCUGCACGCAUGCUGGGGGCCGUGGAAAUGCAGCAGGAGGAGUUGGCGGGCGCUUAUGA